UAAAUUAAGGCAAACUAACAAAUCUCAAAAUCACCAAAUUCUCCAUCAUCAAUGUCUUCUCUACUUCAUCAGCCAUGUUCGAUUUCGUCAAGUUCAUCAUCUUUCCUCGCCAGCAGUCUGCAAGCAAGAAUAGCUCCGACGAAUAAUUCUUCAAACUGUUACAUCAGACUAGGUCGCAGGAUCUCGUACUCAGGAUGCAGAGCUUCAUGGCAAGAGCUUGCCGGAGUUUUAGUAUUCUCCGCGAUUCCUUUCACCGCCGUGAAAGCCAUAGCAAAUAGCCCUCUCGGAGAGUAUCUUCAGAAGAGAAUGAUGGAGAGAAAGAAGUCUGAUGUACAGAAUUCUUCCAAGCUCAAGGCACUUGCGGCGAAGGCAAGAGAGAAGAGCAUAUGGUAUGGUGAGGACCGACCUCGUUGGCUUGGCCCAAUCUCAUACGAAUAUCCUACGUAUCUUACUGGAGAUAUCCCCGGAGAUUAUGGCUUUGAUUUGGCAGGUUUGGGCAAGGAUCCCGUGGCAUUUAAAAAGUAUUUCAAUUUCGAGAUACUGCACGCUCGUUGGGCUAUGCUUGGAGCACUUGGUGCACUUAUUCCAGAACUAUUAAACCUGCUUGGAACCUUUCAGUUUGUUGAACCAGUUUGGUGGAGAGUUGGCUAUUCUAAGCUUCAGGGAGAGACACUGGAUUACCUCGGUAUCCCAGGGCUUCACUUGGCUGGAAGUCAGGGAGUUAUCAUUAUAGCCAUCUGUCAAGUCCUUUUAAUGGUUGGACCAGAAUAUGCAAGAUAUUGUGGUAUUGAAGCUCUUGAACCUCUAGGAAUUUACUUGCCCGGCGACAUAAACUACCCGGGUGGCACACUAUUCGACCCAUUGAACCUCUCACAAGACCCGGUUGCUUUUGAAGAGCUAAAGGUCAAAGAGAUUAAGAACGGGCGAUUAGCAAUGGUUGCAUGGUUAGGAUUUUAUGCUCAAGCAGCUCUAACUGGUAAAGGUCCUCUUCAGAAUCUUCUUGAUCAUGUUGCAGAUCCCACUCAUAAUAAUUUGUUUUCGGUUUUGAACUUUAUGUAAAUAUGUCUCACGCAAAAUGUUGAUCUCCGAUGUAUUUAGCUUUAUUUGAAAAACAAUGUUUAAAAGUCAUGCUUGUUACUUGAAGUUGAUAAUUGAUAUCAUAUUUGUAUAGCAUUGAUUAAUUGUAAUAAUUAUUUGUUUAUGAAAAUAUGUUAUUUUGA